AUGGCUUCAAAAAAUAAAUGCACAGCCUGUGCAGGUACGGUACCAAUGAAGGAAAUGCUACACUGCAAAUUUUGUGAGUUGGUGAUUCAUUGGAAGUGCGCUUCCAUUUCUGAGCAAACAAUGAAGGAUAUUCAACAAUGUACCGGUUUAAUAUGGUGUUGUAAUGGCUGUGUUGGACAGAUGGAGGCUCUCAAACCUGGCAAUUUGGGGGAAAAGUUUAAUAAAACGCUUGUCAAUGAUGAUUUGAACUUGGCGAUGAAAAAUCUAGAAAGCAAAAUAAUUAUGCUGCAAGAUGAACUGAAAAAUAUAAAAAACAUACAAGAUUGCAACAACGUCAUUAGUGGUCAAAUAAAGGAGAUAAAAAGCAUACUUGAUAAAAAAAUCACGGAAGAUAUUCUGGAUAAAAAAAUAAAUUCACUACAAGGUCUUAGAAAGUCGUAUUCAGAUGCUGUGAAAGAUGUUGUUGGGAAGAAAGUUGAAACUGUAAAUAAUGAAGUGAUGAGUAUGAAUGAUGGAAUAAAGGCACUAAAAGAAGAGGUCAUUAGUACAAAGAAAACAAUUCAAUUAUAUAUUUUAAUGAUAGCAAAAAAGAAGAUGAUGAAAAGAUUAUGCGUAUUCUUUCUUAGUGCAAUAACAGAUGAAAAAUUUGAUAUGUCAAAUGUUGUUAGACACUACAGAUUGGGCAAGAGAUCGGAUAAUGUCAGACCGCUUUUGGUUAGACUGAAGUCAAAGGUUUUGAAAAACUUAAUUAUGGAAAGUCUAAAUAAUUUGAAAAAUUUAGAUGAUGAUCUGAAGGGAAUAGGUAUUAGCCACGAUAUGACAAAAGAUCAAAGAAUCAAGUGUAGAGAAUUGAUGAAUUCAGCGAAGGAGAAGGAGGCAGCUGAUAAAGAGGAUUUUGUUUACAGAGUGAGGGGCGAACCUGGAAAUUUGAGAAUAAUUCGAAUAAAAAAAAGAUUGCACUGA